AUGUUGACCUCCUCGUCAACCGACUCCUCUCGCUCCUCCUUCUCCGGCAGCCCCGUCUCGCAACACCCUCCUCACCAUCAAGUAUGGUUUCCUCCUGCUCCCCGCCGCCGUCCGCAACACUACAAGAUCCCCCGCUACUACUCGACGCCCGUGAGGGAAGAUGUCCCAGACUCGACCCCUCUACAAAUGUACGGAUUGGAGGAGCGCGCGCCAUCCAUUGCUGAGAAGCCAAAGCUUCUGCGCCGCUUUUCCCACGCCCUCGACGACAUCAAGGAAGACUUGACCCUCCAACCCAGCAGCGAGAAGAUCCGGAGCAAGCGUCGCCAGUCCAUCUUCGGGAUAGAUGAAAUCCCCGGAUCAAGCGGAUCGAUCUCCUCGCCUUCUAUGGAUGUGCCUGUGGCGGCCGAACCGCAACCCCCGAGGCCCCGUCCCCUCUCGAUACUCGCCUCCGAGCCCUCCAGGAGGCUCAGUCGGCGGUUUUCCAUCUUCGGGUCGAGACGUUCGAAGAAGUUGACGCCGGGUCAGGCCGGGAGUAUCUCACAGCCCAAUUUGAUUGGGGCAUCGACUCAAAUAUAA